GCAGGCUGUCUUCCCAAGCGCGCGCUGGGUUUGGGGCUUCUGCGUGUGGACGAUGGCGCUCUGCUGGGGCAUCGUGUCAGCCGGCCUCAUCGCCAGCGACUUCGUGACUGCGCUGAGCACGCUGCCUCGCUCCGAGCACCAGGUAGUGGCAGUGGCGGCCCGCGAUCUGAGCCGGGCGAAGGAGUUUGCACGGAAACACGACAUCCCCAAGGCAUACGGCUCCUAUGAGGAGUUGGCCAAGGACCCCAACGUGGAGGUGGCCUACAUUGGCACGCAGCACCCCCAGCACAAAGCCACGGUGCUUCUCUGCCUGGCAGCCGGCAAGGCUGUCCUGUGCGAGAAGCCCAUGGGCGUGACCGCCGCCGAAGUUCGCGAGAUGGUUGCGGAAGCCCGAUCGCGAGGCCUCUUCCUUAUGGAGGCCAUCUGGACCCGAUUUUUUCCUGCUAUGGAGGCUCUGAAGUCAGUUUUGGCCCAGGGAACUGUGGGAGAGCUUCGAGUGGCCCGGGCAGAAUUUGGGCUUAAAUUGACCAACGUUCCCCGGGCCAUAGAUGCAGCCCAGGCUGGCGGCAGCCUGCUGGACCUUGGCGUCUACUGUGUCCAGUUCAUCUCCAUGGUCUUUGGCAGGCAGAGGCCGGAGAAGAUUUCAGCUGUGGGAAUCUAUGAAACAGGUGUGGAUGACACUGUCAGCGUGCUGUUUGAGUUCCCAGGAGGGCUCCAUGCCAGCUUCACCUGCAGUAUCUCUGCUGAGCUCUCCAACACAGCCUCUGUGACUGGUACCAAGGGCAGGGCUCAGAUUCAGAAGUCCUGGUGCCCAACAGAGCUGGUGGUGAAUGGUGAACAUAAAGAGUUCCCCUUGCCCCAGGUUCCAAACAAGGAGUUCAAUUUUCAUAACUCGAUGGGCAUUACUUAUGAGGCCAAGCACGUCCGAGAGUGUCUGCAGAAGGGCCUGAAGGAAAGUCCUGUGAUUCCUCUGGCAGAAAGUGAGCUUCUGGCUGACAUCCUUGAGGAGGUGAAGAAGAUCAUUGAAGUCAAGACAAAUAAAUAAAUAGUUUCCAUA